AUUCUGCUUACUCUCAACGAGAUCAGCAGGUGUGAAAUAGGAUUGGAUAACACUUAAUGGGUGCUAUAAAAGGUUCAUUCAGGAGGAAAAGUGCCCAAAGUAAAUCCAUUUCUCCAACUGAGAUGAAGUGCCUCCUGGUAACGAUUGCCUGGGUGAUCAGUUGCUUCAGCGUGAGUGCCUUGGUGCACUACAUAAAACUGGAGAAAGGCCAGAACGGCUGCAAAUCUCCCAAAGGUACAGAGAUGGCUGUGGGCGACAUCGAGCAGGAUGAUAAGACUUGCGGAGCUUAUGCAUGUCAAAGUAAAGAAGGAGAUGCUUUUGUUCACUUUUGCCAGAUACCAGCAACUUUUGCGGAGUGUGUUGAAUCGGCUGUUUUGACGGACGUAGAUUUUCCGCAAUGCUGCUGGACGUGUGCCGCUUGGACGAAUUGCGGUGCAGGAUCUGGUGGUGAUGCAGGAGCAGGAGAAGGUGAUACAGGCGAAGGUAAUACAGGCGAAGGUGCAGGAGAAGGAGGAGGUGCUCCGGCAGAAAGAUCCGCUGAUAAACCUACUAAAGCGCCUACUACUACUGUUGCUGGGGAAACUACUACUACUCCGGCUACUACGACUGAAGGCGGAAAGCCCCGCACCAAAGGAAAAGGAGGCUCCAAACGAAGCACUACCAAACCUGAUGAAUCUGACUUUCCUGAGGAAAAUAUAAAUAUUAAGUUCGGCGGUGGAUCUCCGAUCUCAAAGUUCGGUGAAGACAGCAUAUAAAUUUGACUGCAGAAAGUACCCGUGGUAUUUAUUAAUUUUAAGCCUCGACAUUGGUAGAUUUCGACCAUAAAUAAAUGACACGACAAUGUGCACAUCUCGCAAAGCUGACCCACAUAUACACAC